CGCAACUUCAAUUAUCAGGCCAACCUCGUUGUCUCUAUACUUACACCUCACGCCACUACCCACCGCCUCACCGCAGAGUCUCAUCAAUAUAGCUGAUAAUCUCGAAAGAUCAUUGAUCACGGAUCUCCAACUACCGCGUGAGGAAUAGUAUCAUCUUAGUCGGGACGUGCCAAUUUUCCUUCAAUUGAAAACCAACCUGCUCAAUGACGAACGAAUGCCGAGAAGAUAGUCCAUCCGUUACAGCGGGUAUGAUUCGUAGGUGAAACUUAAUAUCAAAUCUUCCUUCUUAUCCGGAAUGUUUGCCUGCUGUGAAUCGUGACUUGGGGCGCGAUGUUCCGGCUUUAUUUGCUUUGGGUGCCUCGCUGGAAUUCAAGACUACUUUGCAAAUGAUUAUAGGUAUGGUACUUCUUUAUACAAUGUGGCUCCGGAUGCACACAUUUGCUGGUUCUCUGCGUACUAUCAUUCUUACUUGGCGCGUUCUUCCAUUCAUGGCGUCGGAAGCUCAUCAUCUGCUUCUUCUCCCCGGGUGCAGUUCUCAGUCCGCGAAACCUUCAUGCAUGCCCCAUCAACUCGCCCAGCAUUCAGUUUGUCCUUUAAAGCUUAGAGAGGACCCUGGUGAGGCGUCGGUAGUGCACAGGUCACGAGCAGUACACCUAAUCCGAGUCGAAGGGACGGACGGGUAGUUAGGAUAAAGGUGGGAAUCUGACCCUCGCCUUCGAGGACCUCCCAAAAACAUAUCACCGGAGGCCUAUGACCGAGAAAUUCCCUAUCACUCAAGCAUGGGUUGAACCACACGACGGGUAAACUCCUGGGCGGAGAGAAAUAAUCCGUGGUUCGAGGAAUAGAAGGAGAUGUUGUGGUCCUCGCCUUGGAAGACUUUCUGAUCGGUGUUUAGGGAGCGAGGACAAGAUAAGUAAUGGGGAUUGGGAGUCGUGCGUUUGGGGCAGUGGAUAUAAUCGAUUUCUAUCGAUUAUUCCCUUCCGAAUGGCGAUGUCUCGCGCUGUUGUAAAGGAUCACAAGGUUUGGUGGUUCAUGCCAUG